AUGCUGAGAAUAAAAUCUUCUCCACAUCUCAUUUCCCGCUAUCUCAACUUCGACAAAACACAUUCAAAACCGAAUCCCAAUCGUCAAGCUUUUUCCGAAAAGCUUGUCACUUUCUUGCAACAAUGUGUAAGCAUCAAACAAUUGAAGCAAAUCCACAACCAGAUGCUCACGAACUCAAUUCACAAACCCAAUUCGUUUCUCUACAAAGUUGUCGACCUCAAAGAUUUCGCCUAUGCGUCGGAUUUCUUCUCCAAGAUUCUCGAGCCCACCGAGUACGCUUUCAAUGUCAUGAUUCGUGGCCUCUCGACGACUUGGAAUAAGUCUUCUCUUGCCCUUGAAUUCUAUUCUCGAAUGAAAUUUCUGGGUUUGAAACCCAAUAAGCUCACGUACCCAUUUCUGUUUAUUGCGUGUUCGAAUCUUUUGGCUGUUGAAAAUGGACGGGUGGGUCAUUCUUCUGUGAUUAAACGUGGGUUGGAUGAGGAUGGUCAUGUGAGUCAUUCUUUGAUUACGAUGUAUGCGAGGUGUGGGGAAGUGGGUGAUGCACGGAAGGUGUUUGAUGAAAUUCCUGAGAAGGAUUUGGUUUCGUGGAACUCUAUGAUUUCGGGUUACUCGAAGAUGAGGCAUGCUGUUGAGGCCGUGGGUCUGUUUAGAGAUAUGAUGCAAGCUGGGUUUGAUCCCAAUGAGAUGACUUUAGUUAGUGUCUUGGGGGCUUGUGGAGAGCUGGGGGAUUUGAAACUUGGCACUUGGGUGGAGGAGUUUGUGGUGGAUAAUCGGAUGGUGUUGAAUUCUUAUAUGGGUUCUGCAUUGAUCCAUAUGUAUGGGAAAUGUGGCGAUUUAGUGUCAGCAAGGAGGAUUUUUGACUCUAUGAAGAAGAAAGAUAAAGUUACCUGGAAUGCCAUGAUUACUGGAUAUGCGCAGAAUGGAAUGUCAGAGGAAGCUAUCAAAUUGUUCCAGGACAUGAGAAUAAGCAGCACAGCUCCAGAUCAAAUCACAUUGGUAGGAACGCUUUCUGCCUGUGCCUCCAUUGGAGCCCUUGACUUGGGGAAGCAAGUCGAGAUCUAUGCAUCGGAAAGAGGCUUGCGAGACAACAUUUAUGUUUCUACUGCAUUAGUUGACAUGUACGCAAAAUGUGGAAGCUUGGACAAUGCAUUUAGAGUUUUCGAUGUCAUGCCUCAGAAAAAUGAGGUGUCCUGGAAUGCUAUGAUAUCUGCUCUUGCUUUCCAUGGUCAAGCUCAAAAAGCCUUGGCAUUGUUCGAAUCCAUGAUCAAGGAGGGUGGAGCUGCUUCUCCCAAUGACAUCACAUUUGUAGGAGUACUUUCUGCUUGUGUUCAUGCAGGAUUAGUUGACGAAGGACGUCGGUUCUUUCACAUGAUGAGUUCAUCAUUUGGAUUGGUACCGAAAAUUGAGCAUUACUCGUGUAUGGUCGACCUUUUGUCACGAGCAGGACAUUUGGAAGAAGCUUGGGACUUUGUCAAGAAGAUGCCCGAAAAACCAGAUGAAGUUAUUCUCGGAGCAUUGCUUGGUGCUUGUCAGAAGCGCAAGAAUGUCGAGAUUAGCGAGCGUGUAAUGAAGCUACUCCUUGAAUUGGAGCCUUCAAAUUCUGGAAAUUACGUAAUAUCGUCGAGAUUAUAUGCAAAUUUGAGGAGAUGGGACGACUCAGCUAGGAUGAGAAUGUUAAUGAAACAAAAGGGUGUUUCUAAGACUCCUGGUUGCAGCUGGAUUGAUAUCAAUUCACAACUUCAUGAGUUUCAUGCUGGUGAUGUUUUGCAUCAAGAGUGGAUUGAAAUCCAACAAAUCCUAGACCUGUUGAUUGAUGAUCUGAGGAGGGAAGGUUAUAUUCCUAAUACCACUCUUCUUUAGUUAGACUAACUUUCAUUCAUGCUCAUUGUUUUGUUCUGUAAGAUGAAGUUCAAACACAAAUUUUACAUCAAGGCAUCGACAUUUGCGACCUA